UAUCUACACGUCUAAAUCUUAAGCUAAGAAUUCUAGCAGGACAUGGCUGGCUUACCUGAGACUGGCAGAGAGGGAGAAACCCUCUCCGACGCAUGGGACUUGAAGGGCCGCCCGGCUGUCAAGUCACAGACCGGCGGCUGGACUUCCGCCUCCAUGAUCUUAGGGGUGGAGCUGUGCGAGAGGCUGACGACACUGGGCAUCGCGGUGAACCUGGUGACGUACCUGACCGCCACCAUGCACCUCGGCAGUGCCGCCUCCGCCAACGCUGUCACCAACUUCCUGGGAACUUCCUUCAUGCUCUGCCUCCUCGGCGGCUUUGUCGCCGACACCUUCCUCGGCCGAUACCUCACCAUCGCCAUCUUCACCGCCGUUCAAGCCUCUGGGGUAACUAUCUUGACCAUAUCGACGGCUGCGCCGGGUCUGAGGCCGCCGGCGUGCGCUGAUCCGUUGACCGGCGGUUGCGUGCGGGCGAACGGGACGCAAAUGGGCGUGCUGUAUCUGGGACUCUACCUGACGGCGCUCGGGACGGGCGGGCUCAAGUCGAGCGUGUCCGGCUUCGGGUCGGACCAGUUCGACGAAGGCGACGGAGCCGAGAAGAAGCAGAUGCUGCGGUUCUUCAGCUGGUUCUUCUUCUUCAUAAGCAUCGGAUCGCUGAUGGCCGUGACCGUGCUGGUCUACAUCCAGGACAACCUCGGCCGACGGUGGGGCUAUGGCAUCUGCGCCGUGGCAAUCGUCCUCGGCCUGGCCGUGUUCUUGUCCGGCACCAGCAGGUACCGGUUUAAGAGGCUGGUGGGGAGCCCGCUAACCCAGAUCGCCGCCGUCGUCACCGGCGCGUGGAGGAAGAGGGCCCUCGACUUGCCUGCGGACCCUUCCAUGCUCCACGACGUCGACGCCGCCGGAGGAGAUUGCACCCCCGGCGAGAAGAGCGGCAAGAAGAAGAAGAAGCAGAAGCUGCCUCACACCAAAGAGUUCCGCUUCUUGGACCGGGCGGCCGUCGUGGAAGGAGGCGCCGCUGUGGAGCAAAGCAAGUGGCGGCUCUCCACCUUGACGGACGUGGAGGAGGUGAAGCAAGUGAUCCGGAUGCUCCCCACCUGGGCCACCACCAUCAUGUUCUGGACCGUCUACGCCCAGAUGACCACCUUCUCUGUGUCGCAGGCCACUACCAUGGAGCGCCGCAUCGGCUCCUCCUUCGAGAUACCCGCUGGCUCCCUCACCGUCUUCUUCGUUGGCUCCAUCCUCCUCACCGUCCCCGCCUACGACCGCCUCGUCGUCCCCGCCGCCCGCCGCCUCACUGGGAACCCCCACGGCCUCACUCCCCUGCAGCGCAUCGCUGUCGGCCUCGCCCUCUCCAUCCUCGCCAUGUGCGCCGCCGCGCUCACCGAGCGCAAGCGCCUCGCCGCCGCCUGGACUGACCCGACCGCCGCCGCCGUGGUGCCCCUCAGCGUCUUCUGGCUCAUCCCCCAGUUCUUCCUGGUGGGGGCGGGCGAGGCGUUCACCUACAUCGGACAGCUGGACUUCUUCCUGAGGGAGUGCCCCAAGGGGAUGAAGACCAUGAGCACCGGGCUGUUCCUCAGCACGCUCUCGCUCGGCUUCUUCCUGAGCUCGGCGCUUGUCACCAUCGUCCACCGGGUGACAGGGGAGAGCGGCAAGGGAGCGUGGCUGCCGGACGACCUCAACAAAGGGAAGCUCUAUGACUUCUACUGGCUCCUGGCGGCGCUCAGCGUGGUGAACCUGGUGGUCUUCGUGGUUGCCGCGAGGGGCUACGUCUACAAGGAGAAGAGGACGGCGGACGACGGCACCCACGUGGUGGGGCUGGAGGACGAGGUCUGCUGCCAUGCAUGAGCAGAAUGUGGCAUUCUUUGCCUAUGUACCAUGAAAGAAGCUGUUCCAAUAAGUAAAUGGCUUUACUGCUCUGUCAUGGUGUUCAUCCA